AUGCCUAAGAAAGAUGAGGUUACUAUACCAUUACAGGAAUAUAAUUCUCAAUUAACGGUAACUUCAUUUUCUGGUGUUUUAUCUAACUUUGCUGAUAUUGCCUUAGGAACAACACAUUCGCAAGGUAUAGAAUUUUUCCAUGCUGUAGAAGAUGGAUUAUCUGAUCAAUUAGCGGGUCUCCAUAAAGGCCAUUGUUUAUCCUUGAAAAACUCUAAUGGUGAGACAUUACUUAUAGUGGCAGCUCGUUUUGGGCAUAUUGAUAUAGUAAAGAAAUUAGUAGAAGAUUCAGAUGUAGAUGAGACAGACAAUGAAGGUUGGAGUGCAUUAUUGAAUGCCGCACAAAAUGGGUUUACAGAAAUAUGUGAUAUUUUAAUACAAAAUGGUGCAAGUGUUGAUUUAAGUGAUUUAAUGGGAUGGACACCAUUGAUGUGGGCUGUAUAUAAUAAUCAUCCUGAUACUGUUAAUCUAUUGUUAGAAAAUAAAGCACAUCCAAACACUGUUGAUGAAGAAGAUGGUUUGACUCCCUUAAUUUUAGCUGCUGGUAGAGGAUUUGAAGAAGUUGCAAACAGUCUCUUAAAAUAUGGUGGUUCAACUAAUGCAUGUGAUAAAUUUGGUUCAACACCACUUAUAUGGGCUUCUAGGAAAGGAUUUUUGAAUAUUGUAGAAAAAUUAUUGUCAAAUGGAUGUGAAUUAGAUGCUGUUGGUAUGCACGGAUCUACAGCAUUAAUGUUAGCAACAAAGGGAAAUUUUGUAAACGUUGUAGAAAAAUUAUUAGCUCAUGAUCCAAACGUCAAUGUUUGUGAUUUAAAUGGACAAUCAGCAUUGGCAACUGCAGCUAGAGAAGGAUAUGCUGAUAUUGUUGAAUUACUUAUUCAAUCUGGAGCUUUUGUUAAUCUUGUUGAUAGAUAUGGAAAUUCAAUAUUAGCAUCAGCAAUACGUAGUGGAAAUAUUAAUAUUGUCAGAUUACUUUUAGAUAAAUAUGCUGAUGUUAAUGCAAAAGAUUCUGAAAAUAGAACACCAUUGCAUUUAGCUAUAGAUAAAAGUUAUAUUGAUAUGGUAGCUUUGAUUUUAGAAAAAAAACCAAAUUUAGAAGUUAAAAAUAAUGAAGGAGAAACACCAUUAUUUAGAGCUGUUAAAACUAGACAUGUUGCAAUAACACAAUUAUUAUUAAAUGCUGGUGCAAAAGUUUCAUGUUAUGAUAAUUAUAAUGAUAAUCCACUACAUCUGGCUAUAAAAGCAAGAUCACAAAGAUUGACAAAACUUUUAUUGACAAAUCCGGCUGAUUCUCGACUACUUUAUCGACCUAAUAAACUUGGAGAAACACCUUAUUCAUUAGAUCAAAGUAAUCCUGCACCCGUAAUACCUAUAAUUUUUGGACAAAUUGAUGGUUCAGUUGAAGCUAAUACAAUGCUUGGAUAUGAUAUUUAUAGUGAUGUUUUAGCAGAUAUUCUUUGUGAUCCAGUACAAAAUUUACCAAUGACUGUUGGUUUUUUUGCCAAGUGGGGAUCAGGUAAAUCAUUAUUAUUACCAAAAAUGAGAGAUAGUAUGAAAUAUUUUGCUCGAAAUUGGCUUGAAUCAGUUGAAUUAACAUUAAGUUAUGUUUUUAUCAUAGCAUCCGCAAUUUUUACUGCAAUUUUUUGUGUCGUUGGAACUACUUUAGCGUCAAUAUCAGGAAGUCAAAAAGUUGUUAAUAUAACAGCAAUUUGUAUAAUUACGGUCUAUAUAAUAAUUAUAUUAUCAUAUUUGUUACUGUACUAUUGUACAAAAAAAACAUAUUGGAAGUCAGUAAAGCAUCUCCAAAAAAGUGUAGCAAAAUUUUUGAGAAGACUAAGACUCGUUGUAGAAGUUUUAUCAUUAAAUUCACCUGAAAGAAGUCACAAAGAAUUAAUUGCAUCUCCUGUAUGUUUCCUAUUUGCUGAUGAUCAUAAAUUGUCAUCAGUUGGUGGACAUCAAUCGUUUACAGUUAUUCUAAAAACGUUAUAUGAAGCAAUUGAAGAUCAUUAUGGUUCUUUAGCUGUUCGAUUGAUUAUGGGGAUCUCUCCAACAUUUAGGUUAGAAAAACAACCCAAAUAUAGAAGAUAUUGUGGAGUACCAAUUCUUAUAACAUCAAUUUUUACUUAUAUUUUUCUAGGAUUAGGAUGUAUAUUUGCUACAAAAGGUUUUUUGGAAAUGGAAACCGAAUUAGAACCAUCAGAAUCAAAUUUUAUUAUUUCUGGUGUUUUUAUAAUUCUAUUUUUACUUUUUUCUAUUUACCCAAUUUAUGUUAUUUUUUAUCAUGUUAUUCUUAAUAGUGGACAUAGAAGAAUGCAAAAAUUAAAUAAAAUGGCUCCAGAAAUACCAUUUGAGACAUUAAUACAUAAAAUGCAGAAUGAAGUUAGAAAAAUGUCUAGUGCUGUUCUUGCAUUAGAUUCAUUCACAAAUAGUCAAACAAGAUUAGUAGUAAUGGUUGAUGGUAUGGAAAAUAAUGAACGUGAAAAAAUUGUAAAAAUGCUUGAUACUUUAACAUUAUUAUUUGGUACAGAACCAAAAUCACCGUUUGUCUUAAUAUUAGCUGUUGAUAGACAUGUUAUUGUAAGAGCUGCAGCAGAAACAAUCAAAACAACGAGAGCUGGAGUUGAUAGAACAGGACAUGAUUAUGUUAAAAAUAUUGUAACGCUUCCAUUUUACAUUCAUAAUCAGAAUAUUAGAAAAAUGAUAAAAGAUAUUAAAGCAAAAGCAGAAAAAGGUGAAUGGGUAAGUGAAACAAUAACAAGGAGAGAUACUUUAUCAGGAAGUAGAAUGUCUCUUACAAUAAGGGAUACAGAAAAUAUGUCAAGGAAAAAUUUUACUCUUCAAAAUGAUAAUCACCAAAAUGCUGGAAAAUUUUUAUAUAACGAUGAUUAUUUUUCAAAUAUUAAUCCAAAUAGUUUAAGAAGAAUUAGUAAUUCAACACAAUUAUCAGGAAGAUUAUUAAGAUCAUUUGAUGUAGAUUUUUCUUGGGUUACUCUUAGUGUGUGGAUAGGUCUUAUAGAACAAUGGCCAUUUAGAAUGGCUUGGUUGUUGGAGAAAGGAGUUUCUUCUUCAGCAGAAAAUGUUACAUUGUAUGAUAUAUUUUUAAAAUUGCGCCAUCGUAUUCCUGUUAAACAUCCAUUAGCAAAAUUAGAUAAAAGUCAAAAAAAUUUUGAAAAAGUUUUAAAAAAAUCUUCUCAAUUAAUAGAACCUUUAACUGCUGGAAAAAUAAGAUUAUUUAUACCAUGCUCUUGUAAUUUUGAUCCAUAUCUUAAAAAAUUAGUUACUGUUGAAUUUAUCUCAGAUAAUGAUGACAACUUAACAGAAUUUAAUCUUGCUGAAAUACUAUUUAAUCUAACAACACAAAGUUUACUUAAAGAUAAAGAUUAUUGGAAUAAACAGGAAACAGUAUUAACAAAGAUGGGAUGUAGUGAAGUAGUUAGUUUUGUUGAACAGCUUCAAUUACCAGAUGAUCGAAUAAAAAAUAUUAGUAAAAAAGUUUAUGAUCUCAAUUUAUCUGGAAUUGUUUUAUUAAACUUUAACUUAGAUGAACUUCAAAAAGAAAUGAAUAUUCCAAUAGGAGAUUGGGGAAUGUUCAAAUUAUUAGUAGAAACAUUGCGUAAAGCAACAAGAAGAAAAGUUUUAAAUAGUAUGAGUAUAGCUGCUGCAACACAAGAAGUUAAAGAUCGAAUAAAUGUUGCAAAACAACAAAUGAUAAAUGAAGAAGCACCCGAAAGUGCUGCUGUUCAAGCUGUGAAGGUAAAAAAAUUAAUCAAAGCACAAAGCUUAACUGCUGAAGUUUAUGAUGAAUUAUAUACAACACCAUCAUUUACAGCUCCAACGUCACCAACUGCAGAAUCUUAUAAAGAAUUCAGCAGGGGACCUAUGUCUGUUAAAAGUGUUAGAAAUGAAAUAAUUAAUGAGGAAGAUGAAAUAGAUAGUAAUAAAAGUGAUAAUGGCUCUAAUCUACUAAAAUUUGACUCUGGAGAAGAAGAUGAAGACGAUGAACCUCAUUUAUCAUAUGACAUGGAAGAUAUAAAUUCAGAUGAUGAAGAAGAAGAUAAAAAUUUAGAGGAAGUAAGAUUAUUGUCUAAAGAACAUAAUUAA